AUGGACAUAUUCAGGAGGAAUGUAGAGUGGACAGUGGGCAGAGUCCUGCAGAGUAGCCACAACCACACAGAGAGCACACAAGUGGUAGCUGAAACUGUGGAAAUGAAGGGAUACCAGAGAGAUGGAAUAAGGGAAGAAAAGACAGGGGGCCCUCCUGGUCCAAAAGGUGAUAAGGGAGAACAAGGUGAUCAGGGACCUCGGGGCCUGCCAGGCUUCCCCACAGUUGCUGCCCUGCACAGCAAUCAGAUCCUCACCGUCAAGGGUGACCAAGGCCAGGCAGGGCCUCCAGGUCCCCCAGGUCCACCAGGCCCAAGAGGGCCACCUGGGGACACAGGGAAAGACGGCCCCCGAGGGAUGCCAGGAGUACCUGGUGAGCCAGGGAAACCAGGAGAACAAGGCUUGAUGGGACCUCUGGGACCUCCAGGACAAAAGGGUUCUAUUGGCGCACCUGGAAUUCCAGGGAUGAACGGGCAAAAGGGUGAUCCCGGGUUACCAGGAGCAGUAGGACAGAAUGGAAUACCAGGACGGAAGGGAGAACCUGGAGAACAAGGAGAAAAGGGAGAUGUUGGAGAGAAUGGCCCCAAAGGGGACACAGGUGAAAAGGGUGAUCCUGGCUCAUCUGCUGCAGGGAUUAAGGGAGAACCUGGAGAAUCUGGUCGUCCAGGGCAAAAGGGAGAACCAGGUUUCAUUGGUCCUCAGGGAGAACCAGGCCUACCAGGGUUACCAGGAACAAAGGGUGAACGUGGGGAGGCAGGGCCUCCCGGAAGAGGUGAGCGAGGGGAGCCUGGAGUUCCUGGACCAAAGGGUGAUCGUGGAGACAAAGGGGACUCUGGAGCUCUGGGACCAAGGGGUCCACCUGGUCAAAAAGGAGAUCAAGGGGCCACUGAGAUCAUAGACUACAAUGGCAACCUGCAUGAAGCCUUACAGGGUCCCCCUGGACCUCCCGGACCUCAAGGACUACAAGGGCCAAAGGGACUCAAAGGCUCAAAGGGAGACAUGGGGGACCCAGGAAUGCCAGGCGAAAAAGGAGGAAUUGGACUUCCCGGAUUACCGGGAGCCAAUGGAAUGAAGGGAGAAAAGGGAGACUCUGGAAUGCCGGGUCCUCAGGGUCCUUCUAUCAUAGGCCCACCAGGCCCACCGGGUCCCCACGGCCCACCCGGCCCCAUGGGACCCCACGGACUUCCUGGACCCAAGGGUGAACCAGGGUUAAAUGGUGUUAAAGGAUUGAAGGGUGAACCAGGUCAAAAGGGUGACAGAGGACCCCUUGGUCUUCCAGGAGCAUCUGGCUUAGACGGAAAGCCAGGAUCCCGGGGUACAGAUGGUCCUAUGGGACCCCAUGGCCCUGCAGGUCCCAAAGGAGAAAGAGGUGAAAAAGGAGCUAUGGGAGAGCCUGGACCCAGAGGGCCCUACGGCCUACCCGGCUUUCCUGGUCCACGGGGUGAAAAGGGCGAUCUAGGAGAAAAGGGAGAAAAGGUGACCUCUCCAUUCUAGCAUGUGCCUUGUUUGAUUCAUCUCAUGCUGUCUGCUUGCUGUUCAGCUGUGUUGACACCUAAUCUGUCUCCAUCCUGUGCUCCUGUGCUCCAAAAACAUAUUGAUGCCUGA